AAUGACGCAAGACCGUCGGAAGUGAGUGGUUGCUGUGGUUGACAUUGUCUCUGUAAGAGUUUGAAGCCUCUCCCCGGCCCAGGAGAGCAACCGUUUUGUGCCAUGUCAGUAGCAACAGAUAUGUUUGUCUGCCAGAUGGCAGCUGCAGAACCUUGGCCAGAAAAUGCAACACUGUAUCAACCCUUGAAAGGUGAACAGAUUUUGCUGUCAGACAAUGCUUCCUGUCUUGCUGUUCAGGCAUUUCUGCGGAUGUGCAAUCUACCAGUCCAAGUGGUUUGUAGGGCAAAUGCGGAGUACAUGUCUCCAUCUGGCAAGGCUCCCUUUAUACAUGUUGGUAAUCAUGUUGUAUCAGAACUUGGCCCCAUAGUUCAGUUUGCAAAAGCCAAGGGUCACUCACUAAGUGAUGGACUAGAUGAAAUUCAAAAGGCCGAGAUGAAAGCCUACACAGAAUUGGUGAAUAAUAUGCUGUUGACAGCAGAGCUUUACAUACAGUGGUGUGAUGAUAGUACAUCAGCAAAGAUAACUCGUUCUAGAUAUGGUUCACCAUAUCCUUGGCCUUUAAACCAUGUUUUGGCCUAUCAGAAACAAUGGGAAGUAAGGCGCAAGAUGAAGGCAAUUGGGUGGGGUGGAAAAUCUCUAAAACAGGUGCUUGAAGAUGUGGAUCGAUGUUGUCAAGCUCUCUCUCAAAGGCUGGGAACCCAACCCUAUUUUUUUACUAAACAGCCAACAGAACUGGAUGCACUGGUGUUUGGUCAUCUGUUCACCAUCCUUACAACUCAACUGACCGAUGAUGCACUUUGUGAAAAAGUAAAAAAUUAUGAAAAUCUCAUCAAGUUUUGCAGAAGGAUAGAGCAACACUACUUCGAAGAGCAUGAUCAAGAGAGUGUUUUGAGUUCAGCAUCCAGGUGCUCAAGAGGUUCUUCCAUAAAGUAGUUAAUUAAGAACAAAGCAAAAGGAGGGAAUGAUCAUUAGAAAUAAAGAAUUAAUAUAAUAUCAAGCUACAUAAAAACUGAAGGCUGUUGAAAGAGUUGAUUGCCAAGUUGUGUGUGAUUAGCACAAUUAUAGUUCAAUCUCCUGUAACAUUUUUUCCUGUACGAUUAUUCAAAGUUCUGCAGACUUAAUUGUUAGCCAGAUGACCCUGUGCUUUAUUUUCUAUUUUUAAUAUAAAUUUAAUGACAACUAGAUGGAAUUGUGUCUGUUGAAAACCAAUUAAAGAGUAAUUGGAAAACGCUAAA